UAUGAAAUUGUAUUGUUAGUAAGUAUAUGUCUAUGUAUAAAUAUAUGUAUUAUUAAAUAUUAUAUUAUAUUAUAUUAUUGUCUUGUACUUGUUGUCUCCCAGGUGAGUGUGCUUACCACGCUUGAGCGUCGGUUCAACCUGCAGAGUGCUGACGUGGGCGUGAUCGCCAGUAGCUUUGAGAUCGGCAACCUGGUACUCAUCCUGUUCGUCAGCUACUUUGGCGCGCGCGCCCAUCGGCCCCGCCUCAUCGGCUGCGGGGGCAUCGUCAUGGCGCUGGGCGCGCUGCUUUCGGCCCUCCCCGAGUUCCUGGCCAACCAGUAUGAGUACAAGCCGGGUGACCCGUGGAGUGGGAGCGCGCUGGGCCGCGACGUCUGCUCCAACGCCUCCAGGAACGACCGGCUUGAGCAGGAGCUCUGCGGCAACCGGGCCAACACCAACAUGAUGUACCUGCUGCUCAUCGGGGCCCAGGUGCUGCUGGGGAUCGGGGCCACGCCUGUCCAGCCUCUGGGGGUGUCCUACAUCGACGACCAUGUCAAAAAGAAGGACUCCUCCCUCUACAUAGGAAUCCUGUUUUCCACGUUGGUGUUUGGCCCAGCCUGCGGCUUCAUUCUGGGGUCCGUCUGCACAAAGUUCUACGUGGACGCCCUCUUUAUCGACACCAGCAAGCUGGACAUUACAGCUGAUGACCCUCGCUGGAUCGGAGCGUGGUGGGGGGGCUUCCUCCUAUGUGGUGCCUUACUCUUUUUCUCUUCACUCUUCAUGUUCGGCUUCCCCCAGUCCCUUACCACCCACGAGGGGGAGGCCAGGGGGGAGAGCGAGCAGGCCAUGCUGCCCCCCAGCCAGGACUACGACGGUCACAAACCCAGCAAUGGGGUAGCAGGUCACCCAGACAACAGCAACAGCCCCUCCUGUUGUCAGCAGCUCAGAGUAAUCCCUAAGGUGACCAAACACCUUCUGUCCAACCCUGUGUUCACCUGCAUCAUCUUGGCUGCAUGUAUGGAGAUAGGAGUGGUGGCUGGCUUUGCUGCCUUCCUGGGGAAGUACCUGGAGCAGCAGUUCAACCUCACCACAUCCUCAGCCAAUCAACUGCUGGGUAUGACUGCCAUUCCAUGUGCCUGUUUGGGGAUCUUCCUGGGAGGGUUGCUGGUGAAGAAGCUGAAUCUGACGGCCCUGGGGGCCAUUCGUAUGGCCAUGCUGGUCAACCUCAUCUCCACUGCCUGCUAUGUGUCAUUCCUCUUCCUGGGCUGUGACACAGUACCUGUCGCCGGGGUGACAGUCCCCUAUGGCAACGAGACCUUGACCCCGGGUCAGAAGCCCCAGCCUGCCUGCCUCAAUAACUGUAACUGCUUCACCUCGUCCAUCAGUCCCGUGUGCGGCUCCAACGGCAUCACGUACCUAUCGUCCUGUUUCGCCGGCUGCACCAAAGCCUCACCAAGCAAAGGGCUUCCUUCCUCUGUGUCUCAGAACCUGUCGGGGUGCAGGUGUAUCUCCAGCGACCCUGAAUUAGCCACGGCGGUCCCAGGCAAAUGCCCCAGUCCUGGCUGCAAGGAGGCCUUCCUCACCUUCCUGUGUGUGAUCUGUGCGUGCAGCAUGAUCGGUGCUAUGGCCCAGACUCCCUCUGUCAUCAUCCUCAUCAGGACGGUGAGCCAAGAUCUGAAGUCAUAUGCCCUUGGAGUUUUAUUUCUGUUGCUGCGACUGCUGGGUUUUAUCCCCCCCCCUCUGAUCUUCGGUGCUGGGAUCGAUUCAACAUGCCUUUUCUGGAGCACUGAGUGCGAAGCCCGUGGUGCCUGCCUACUGUACGAUAACGUGGCCUACAGACGCCUGUACGUGGGCAUGGCCAUCGUCCUCAAGGUGAUCGCCUUCCUCUGUUACACCACCACGUGGCAGUGCUUGCGCAACAACGACAAGAAGUACAUCAAGAGCCUCGAGGGCUACCCAAGCCCCACCGACAUGUUCAACAACUCCAAUGUCAACAUGGACAACCUGGGCAAGGAGGGCCCAGGAAAUAGGACAAAGUUUAUAUACAACCUUGAGGACCACGAGUAUUGCGAGAACAUGGAGUCCGUUUUAUAGUUGGGGUGGGGCAGGGGGGUGGGGGGGCUAACCCGGACACGAGCUACAUCGCUAAUUCUCUUGAAGGAUCAUCUUGAUGUCUUUAUUCUUUUUUUUUUUUUUUUUUAAGGAUAGCUGUCUUGGUUUUUGUUCUUUUCUUUUUUUUCAUUGAAAAAUAUUAACUAUUAAAAUACUGGUUCAGGACCCCGCAAGAGAAGACUGUUACUGCACUUUUUUUGCUAUGAAUCCAUGAUAUCAUUCAAUAGGGUCCAUAUUGUUCUGUCGGGGUGAUAUCAGCGAGAGUGUUGUCCAGUUCCAGUGAAUUCUGUCGUGAUUAUUUGUGGUAGACACCUUCUGUACUGCGUGGCUUUGUCCUCGGCUCAUAGCUAGCUGAUUGGUCACAAGCCAUUUUUUCUUCUCCGUUUUGACUAUGAUAGUCAAUACUAGAAGAACAGGUUGUCUGCUUAAAGGUUACAACAAAAGUGUCAAAUUACAGAUACUGUCUUACUUUUUUUUCAGUGUCACUUUCUUUCUUAAAAAUGCUAGGUUGGUCCUCUGGGCACAGAACAGAGGAGUUGUUUCCUGUGUCUUAGUCAUGUUGUGUGUUACUGGUUGGCAAAUACAUUAUAUCACUACACAGAAUGCCAGUUUGAGGCCAAGACACAGUGAUUUUCUGUUCUUCUUUCUCCUUUUUUUUAGGAAUGAUUAUGUUAUUUACGUCCUACAAUUCAUUUCUGUCUCCAUCAUUGCGUUGUUCUAAACAGAUACCUGUAUCUGCUGACAUUCUUUUGAGCAUUUUGUAAAAGAGUUAUUAAGGAUCUCUAUUUUGGCUUUUGCCUGCAUUUUCCUUAUGCUCACAUAUUUUACAUAGUUUGUUGAAACCUUAGUAUGUCUUAAUUGUGAUGGGUUGUCCAGGAGAAGAAAUUAUUAAUAUAUUGCCGCUUUUGGCAAAAUGAGUGGGAAGACAUAUUGUAUUGUAAAAGCAAAAAAAACAAUAUUAUUAAUUUAUGGCUAUUGAGAUUAACAUCUGUUUAUUAGAGGAUAUUUUGGCAGUGACACUUGUGGUCAAGAGAAUAAUUGGAGUAGAAGUAUGUAUAUAUUUUUUUAUCCUUCAGAGAAGAACGGUCGGAGUAUAUUGUAUUUCCAGCAGAUAAUGUGUCCAGCAGAAUAGAAAUGUAUUUGAGUAUAAUUUGAAUGAAAUGAAACAUGUCAUUUUAAUGACGUCACAGUUCUAUGUAUACAUACAAUAUGUUUAGCCCUUUUCAGGUAAAAGGAAAUUAUGACAAUUUUGAAACAUAAAUUACAUACACUCUCUGUGACAUAGUGAGAAAGGAUCUUUUCUCGUAAAAUUUUGCAAGUACAGUUGAGAUACAGAUAUAGGUCAGUCUGCAGCAGCAGUAUUAAAGGUACACAACUGUCUUUGGGAUAUAAAAUUAGUAACCAUGCAGUCUCUAUAUUCAUGAACACAAUGGUUGUUUUGAAUACAUCUUUAAGGCUUGAUAGCGCACUCAUUUUGUUUUACAAACUAAAAGUUUCUCUGCAGUAAAAUGGUAGACAGUAUCCUUUUUCUUAUACUUUUUUGUAUGGCAAAUAUCUUUUUAUUUUAUUCUGCAAAUAAAUUAUUUUUCAGAAAAUUAUACCUCAA